CCGAGCACCAGGCCCCGCCCCCAGCUUGAGCGUGUACCGCGGCCCACGUUUUCCCGUGCUAGAGCCUAGCGUUCUGACGUCCAGGCCCUUUGCACCAUUCCAAGUUGCUGAGUGUCUGCAUAGUUUGCAAGCUGGAACUUGGCAGAAUGGCUGAGACCUGCAAAAUGAAAUACACAGUGUUGGACAGCCCUUUGGGGAAGAUGGAGCUGUCUGGCUGCGAACAGGGCCUGCAUGGGAUACGAUUCCUCCGCGGAAAGACCCCGAGCACUGACCCCACAGAGGCCCCAGCUAGUCCUGAGUUGCUCAGUGGGCCGGAGGGACCGCCAGAACCCCUGGUGCAGUGCACAGCCUGGCUGGAAGCCUAUUUCCAUGAACCUGCAGCCAUGGAGGGGCUCCCCUUGCCGGCUCUCCAUCACCCUGUGUUCCAGCAAGAUUCAUUCACGAGACAGGUGUUAUGGAAGCUGCUGAAGGUUGUGAAAUUCGGAGAAAUGGUUUCUUACCAGCAAUUAGCAGCCCUGGCAGGCAACCCCAAAGCGGCUCGCGCAGUAGGAGGAGCAAUGAGGAGCAAUCCAGUCCCCAUCCUCAUCCCCUGCCACCGGGUGAUCUGCAGUGAUGGCACCCUUGGCAAUUACUCUGGAGGAGGGCAGGCUGUGAAGGAGUGGCUUCUGGCCCACGAGGGCAUCCCAACUCGGCAGCCAACCUGCAAGGCCUUGGGUCUGACUGGGACCUGGCUCAAGCCGUCCCGUGGCUCCACCAGCUCCAAGGCAUCUGGCCAGAAAUGAGUGGCUGUUUGAGUGACACAUGGAUGUAAGGCCUGUCGGAAGCGGAUACGCGGUGGUGGUCCCUCUAUAUUAAAGGAGCUAGAUGUGUCCUGGGGGACUGGA